AUGUCGGGAGUCACGUCGACCCUGGUCUGGCGGGAUGCCAUCAUCAAGGAGAAUCGCUGUCGCGUCUACGACCCCUACAACAACGACAAGGCAGUCAACCGGUCAGAAUUGAUAAGGAUAGUUAUUCAGCACAAAGCAACGGAUGCUGUACUCCUGCAGGUCUCUGCAAUCAGCCCCCAGCGAGCAGUGGCCAUUCCAGAGAUUGCUGGCUACCAGCAGACAUCUCAGUUCGCCGCCAAUCGGGAGAGCCUUUCUGGACUAGCUAUCACCUUCUUCACCACCUGCUUUCGAGGUCGUGGCGGAUGGAGCAGUCGUAGCCUUGGUGCGCUGGAGAACCGAGUGAUGAGAUCCGUGGUGCGUGGCCCAGGAUGUCGCCGAGGCUGCGAGUCGCCCCGUCUCGGGCGUGAGAACUUGCCUCAGUCUGAGCCCAAGCCCGACGACGCGCUCCCGUGCGAAUCUGAAGGCGAGGACACUUUCCCAGAGGUCGAAGAGCAGCCACCGGUCCUUGGCGCACAGCCAUCGAAGCUGCAGCCAGGGCCUCGUUGCAAUGUGGACUCCGAGUUGGCACGAGCUGGCCUGAAGCCAUACGCCGGCCUGACCAGCCCUCAAGGGGCUUUGGCUGUCCGAGGAAAAGGAAAGACACCCUGUCAGCUCUUACGGGGGUCCCACAAUUCCGUGCCUCGCAUGGCCUGCGAUGCAGAAGAUGCAGAAAGGCUAGAGAGUUUGCAGAGUGUGCUCUCUUCCUUGGAGUUGGUCUUAGAGGCAUGGGAUCGGCAAAUAUCUGCAAGUCGCAAGGGUCUGCAGGCUUUGCAGGCCGUCAAAGGAGCCGUUUCGGAGGCCUCGGCCGCUGAAGAGGCGGCAGAGGCAGAGGCCGCUCUCUUGGACGCGCUGGCCGCGAGCAAAGCCAUCGAAGUCCACGUGGCCACGGGAGCAGGCGAGAGGGAGGCUGGGCAGAGCGCGAGACGGUCCUCGGUGACGAGUGGCCAUGGCGAUCCUCUGACGGUCCCUGCGCACGAGCAUCCUGAGUCCUGCCCUCGGGUCUUUCCUCGGGUAGUUUUUCGGGGGUCCUUCCGAGAGAUGAGAAGGCCAGCCAAAGACGCUGCGUUCGAUGUGCAGGGGCCUCAGUUCCAAAGCCCUGUGGCCGACUCCAUGCCUUCGUGCGGCGCUGCAAGGUUCAACAAAGAUGUUUGGGAACGUGCUCGGCGACGUGGCGAAGCGAUGUUGAGCGAGUCCCAGGCUGGAGCAUUCGCAUGCUACAGGGAGACCUUGCCGAAAGCUCUCAAGGCACCGCAAGGUGGGCAAGCAAAGAUUCGGAGGCUCCAGGUCAGCACCGAAGAAAAAAUCCUGCGGUGCUACCAGGAGAUGGCAGCUGGCAGCGGCAUGGGUCGGGGAGGCUUUUUGCUUAGUGCGAACCUGGACCGCUUCAUUGCACUGAUCCAGGAGCAUGUGAGCCUCAUGCUGGGGCUGGAACCUAAUAAGGCAUGGAGCUUCGCAGCUCUGCGCAGCCGUUUAGAUCAGGUAUGUGAAGACGAUUUCCUGAGGCCCUGUCCUGUGGGGGGGCACAGGACGGGACCAUAG